UUUCAAAAGUCGAUUGUCCAACACGGGAUCUUGUGUGUUUAAAUGACUCUGUGCUGGAUUGUCUGACUGAAAAUAAGCUGUUAAAGAUGCCCAUUACAGGAAUGGUGGAUGCUGUGCUUUUAGGGUUUGUCCUACUACAGGUUUUACACUGUGCUAUGUGCUAUCCAAACGGAGCACCAACUUCAGCAUGUGUGGAUAUGAUACCGAGACAUGGAGGGGUUGAACCACAGCCAAGCCCUGCUCCUUACACCAUACAGCCCAGCAGCAGCACCUUUCAGACUGGCAAACCUGUCACAGUUGUAAUCAAAGGACCAGACUAUCGUGGUGUGCUCUUGGAGGCUCGAUCUGGAUCAGACUCAAAUGCAAUAGGAACCUGGCAAACACCUCCAACCAACACAAAGUUCUUAGAGUGUGCAGGAAACCAGCAAGGUGCCAUCACCCAUGCCAACACCAACAUAAAAGACAACUCCACCAUUUAUACCUGGAUUCCACCAGCUACAGCCAAAAACGUCUACUUUAUGGCCACUGUAGCCCAGCAGCGCACUGUGUUUUGGCUAAAUGUGAAGUCAUCGACUCUGACCCAAAGUGGUGGAGGAGGAACAUCGCUUGACAUAAACGAUAGUGCUGAAAAGGCCACACCUGCCAUGCUGCUACUACUUAUUGUCUUGCUGGCAAAUGUUCAAUAUUUAGUUGAAUGAGGAUCCAGAACUUCUAGUUGAAUAAGAUCCAGACUGAGUAAUGUAUCCUAGCUCAGUUAGUCAGUAUAAAAUAUUUAGUCAGCAUUUUUUAUUUGCGUGAUUGUUUUUUAACUGAUAUUUUAUACAGUCUUUAAUCGACCCUGCCUCAUUUUAAUUCCUUUUUAAUCGUGAAAAAGAAACAGAAUUAAUCUGUACUACAAUUUUCCUUUGUGAUUUGGAUUUGAAUUCACUACUUUAAUUUCCUAAAUAAAAUUUUUAUCACCAUCAAAUGUGAAAUAGUGUUGGGUUCGAGUCCACCUUAGUCGAGUCCGAGUCUUUAAACAAUCGAGUCCAAGUCAAGUCCGAGUCAAAAAGGGGCCGAGUUGGA